CGAAACUCUUACGUUCUUCCAAAAGGAUGCUUUGAAUCUCCUUGAAAUGAGAGGACUUCGGUCACUGUCAAGACCAUACUUGCGCCGCCCAUGGAGUGUCAAUAGCUCGCAAAAUGGUUCGCUUCACGAGGCCUGAUACCAGUAUGGCGGAACCAAUUGGACGAAGAUUGGAGUCUUUUCGACAGAGCUUCGAAGCGACCUGCGAUGACUUGGGAUUGGCGCGAACAUUAGAUUCGCUAAGCAAAUUUGAAGAUCAAGACCUUCGAAACGUGGCCCUGGAUCUCAUAUCGGCGUUGCGAGCAUUUCCAGACAUGCGAAAACUUCCGUCCCCAAAUGGUCGAAGAAAUCUACUAGAUGAUCUCUCAAGCCUCAAUUAUGUCAUCAGCUCGGACGCGUUCGAUAUCGAUAAUUUUAUCCCGUUGCUGAAAGCGAUAUGGAACAAAGAAACAGACGAAAUCGUCUGGGAUAGAGUAUACACAGUCCUUAUCGAAGCAACGCCUCCUCCAAAGCCCGCACCUAUUCCCGAUCAGACACCACACUCGCAUACAACCGGCAGUUUUGUUAAUUCGUCGGAACAACGAAAGUACACUGAUGCUGUACUGAGGCAAGAACUGGGGUCCAUAUAUAUUGGCGUCCCUGGUUUUUUUGACGCCUUUUUUCAUAAUGUUGAUGGACUGGAGGAAACAGCGGGAAUCAUUUUGCAGAGAUGUAAACAUGGAGAUGAUGCGUUAUACAAUGACAAGACUGGCUGGCGAGAUUGGCCCAAGAACGCCCAGGAGAAGGAUGUUUUGAAGUGGUUUAUUAGGAUGUUCAGUCAGGUGCAGAAGCUUGCAUCUGAUUGCAUGCCUGACAUGAAGCCUCGGACCGUCCUAGCCCAGCCUUCACAGCCACUGCAAGGAUCAGUCGCUAAACGGAAGUUAGAUGUCGCUAUUGCAAAGGACGACGGGGGCACAGAUAGGACAUUGUCUCAUUGGUCACAUGUCCUCGUCCCAGGUGAGCUGAAGAGCAGCCCAGAACUCGACACUGUCUCAAAUACGUGGCGUGACCUGGGUAGAUAUGUGAGAGAGGUUUUCAGCGCCCAAGAUACGCGCCGCUUUGUGCUGGGUUUUACGUUAUGUGGUCCUAUCAUGAGAAUCUGGGAAUUUGACCGCAUAGGAGCAAUAGCCUCUCCCCAGUUCGAUAUCAAUAAGGACCCACGGCAGCUUAUUUCGACGCUUCUGGGAUUCCUCAUGAUGAACGAUGAGCAACUGGGCUUUGACCCAAGCAUUAUGUGGUCGCCAGACGGAGAGAAGUUCAUUCAAAUCCUUCGCAACGACCGGCCGGAGCGUUUGAUCCUUGACAAACUUAUGAAACCAUCAUCCUGCGUGGCUGGAAGGGCGACUACGUGCUGGAAAGCCCAUGUAGACGACAUUGUCAAGACUCCUAUUGUUAUAAAGGACUCGUGGCAAUAUCCGGAGCGCGAAGAAGAAGGCGAGAUAUUGCAAGACAUUGGAAAACAGGAGGUUGUGAACGUUGCAAGGUACUAUCAUCAUCAAACCGUCCAUGUACAGGGCAAAGUCGAUGAUGUCCGGAAUAAUGUCCGCAAAGGCCUUGACGUGACGAAGGCAUCCAAUUGGCGCCAGGCGCGCUCGCAAGCGACCGAUCACAGGGACCUCGCGAAACGAGGCGGUAUGAGAAGGACUAGCAAUCUUGGUCAGAAGAGGUCUUCAAGCUGUACAGAUCAAUACUUACCGCCGAGCAAGAGAAGUUGCUCAAGCUCCCCGGUCCGUCGCAAUGAUCUCUCGCUCCAGAAUCGCGUCCACCGUCGCGUUUGUGUACGUGAUUACGGCAAAUCAAUAUAUAAGGCCAGUUCUCGUGCGGCCCUUUUGAAUGCUCUGGAAGCGUGCGUCGAAGGUUAUGAGUCCCUUCACACUAAAGCAGGGAUUCUCCAAGCAGAUAUAUCAACUGGGAACUUGUUGAUCAAUGAGGACGAGGACAAUCAUUCCUGGCCAGCGUUUCUUAUCGAUUUGGACCUUGCCAUCAAAGAAGAUAGGGAACGGGCUUCUGGCGCGAGAGGUAAGACGGGAACUAGAGCAUUCAUGGCCAUAGGACUUUUGCUGGGAGAGAAGCACUCAUUCUGGCAUGAUCUGGAGUCAUUCUUCUGGGUAUUGUUCUGGAUUUGCAUCCAUUACGAUGGUCCUGGCAAAUUCAUCGGACCUACAGACUUUGACUGCUGGAAUUAUGACGAGGACCAGAAACUAGCCAAUUCAAAACGAGGAAUAGUCGCCGACGAGGUGGACUUCGAUAACAUCAUGGACAGGUAUUUUACGCCCUACUAUCGGCCUUUAACGCCAUAUGUGAAUAAGCUACGACGGGUCAUCUUUCCUGGAGGCGCGAGAAGAAAGAGUGGAGACAGGGGACUCUACAGUCAGAUGAGAGAUAUUCUUCACAUUGCAUCCAAGGACCCAGCUGUGCUUGGAAUCCAUGAUUGA